UUGUUGAGUUUAUUUCCAGUUCACUUUCCUGAUGCAUGCGAACAAGGAAAUAAUAAUGAGAGAAGUUUUUGUUUGUUUUGAUCGCAGUUAAGAAUGUUGAGAGAAGCUGUCGAUGCAGUUCUGAAGUCUUUUGCAAAGCACACAGGACAGAGUGGUGAAGUUGAUGUAAAAGAGGCAAUUGGUGAAUUCUGGCAUGCGAAAUCGAAAGAUGGAGUUCCCGUCGACCUUACAUACGAAUCUGAAAUACUUCAAGAUGGAACAUAUGUGUGUUACGUAACUCUUCCUGGGGGUAGCUGCUUUGGAAGCUUUGAGCCUUGUUUGACAAAAACUGAUGCCCAGAUAAGUGCAGCAAAGAUCGCUCUCAUGCAUUCUGUCUUUAAUGAUCAUCCUUCAAGGAUUAUUACAGAGAAGUUCAUUGAUCAAGCAGUUACUGAAGCAAAAGAAAAUUCUACAGGCAAUGCAGAUGACAAUGGUAUAGAAGCUUUCAGCUACAUGUUGUCACAGAAUCUUGGCAAGUCUAUGCUAGAAUUCCAGGAAACAAUGACAUUGUUUUGUUUACUACAGUGGAAUGGAAAUUUAAAAGCUAUGCGCCGAAGUCACAUGAAAAAGAAGGAUGUAAUUUCUCUGUACUCACAUAAAAAUGUAGACAUAAAUCUAAGAAAUAACAUUGCAAAGGAUUGGGUUAGGAGAGAGAAAAAGAAACCAGGAAGUAUAUCAGAUGAACUGAAAAAAGCUGAUGAUGACUUGAAAAAAUUCAGAGCAGCAGGAAGAGAACUCAGAUUCUAUAAGGAGAAAAAAGAUAUCAUAAUUUUUGCAUCAAAAACCAUGGUUGUUCAAUAAUAUUCCUAAGGAAAAGCCAAGCAUACUUUAAGACUAUUUAGCUGACAGAUAUAUUUUUAGGUCUUUUAUGAUUGUCAGUUCUUUACUGGCUAGUAUCUUUUAAAACUGUUUGUACAUGUAUUUCAACUUUUGUAUGAUAGAAUAUCUUAUGAAUAUAUUCUUAGCCACCAAAUAAAACUUUUGACCUGGAUACAUUAUUUGGCAGCUAAGUUUCCAAAUUUUGUUUAGAGCCCACAUAUCUAACCCAAGGGGGGGGGGGGAGUUCAUACCAGUUCUUAAUAAGAAUUAUAUAUUUUAAACUUAUGAUACUAAAAUAUGCUAUGGAAGCAAUCCAAAGUUCCAAAGAAAAGGCACCAGUCAAGUGCUACUAAACUAUUAUCUUGGAGAUGUUCCUUGCUAGAGGAAAUAGUUUGAUGUGGAUAUUUACAACAAAUUCAUUGGUGUUAUCUAGCUGAUUCUGCCCUUCACCUUUCUAGCUACAAUGCUUGCCAAAAGUCUUGGUACACUAAGAUCAGUUUCCAAUGACAAAUUCAGCCAUUCCCCUUCUCCCCUUUGAACAACGUUCAUUACUACAAAAUGACAUAGGGGAUUAGGAACUUCUAUGAUAUUUUUCUAAAUUAUCAACAUUGUUUAGGGGGAACCCUUUUGUGCAGAAAUAGGAGUAUCCAGGGAAAGAAUUGAAACAUAUAAUAACACAAAACAAAUUGCUGGGUGUUCCAAGUACUUUUGGCAAUAAUUGUAGGUGUGGCAUAUAGAUGAUAAAGGUGUAAAUGCAUGAAAUCCUAGAUAAUAUUAAGAUAUUUUACACAAUAAGCAACCAUAAUUACCAUAGUUAAGUUCAAGUUGCUAUCAGUGUUUUCAGACGUGUUUUUAUGCCGGAGAAGCAGUUACACUUAAUAUGUAAAUCCUUGGUUGCAAGUUUAAAUUUAUCAUAGAGCUGUCUACGAAUGACACUGGUAUAUUGACAUCAAUUGAUAGCCAGACUCGAUCGAACAUCAAAUUUGAAGCUCAAAGAUUUAGCCCCUGCUGAAGGAAGAUAGGACAUCUAAGUAUUGAUAUGACUGAAGAUAUUUACUAAUUAUCAGAGUCAACAUGAACCCCGUGUUAAAUUGUAUCAAUUUGUGAGACUUUCUCAAGGUUAUGCAUUUAUUGGAUUUUGAAUGAUAAUCUUAAUUGUAAAAUGCCUUCAAUAUUGAAUAAUGAAUGAAAUUUGAGCUAGCUA